AUGGAGGUGCAGCUCAGGAGCAAGGCGCGGCUCCGGCAGAUGCUCCGCAACGGGCAGCUCGCGCAGGCCAAGAAGGAGAUGCAAGCCUCGAUGCCGCCGCCGCCAAAGCCGGAUGCGGAGCGCAGGCCCUCCAAGCUGGACUCUUCUGAGGACGUCCAGGCGCGACGGAAGGCUGCCAAGGCGGAGCGGCAGUCCGAAGGCGACGCGGCGGAAGCACUGCGGAUGAUGACGCGCCAGCGGAAUGAGCUCACCAAGGAACUGCGGGAUGCGGAAUGA